AUGACCACCGAGGACUUCAAUGUGCUCAUUCGGAGCAUGGAGGGACAGUUCCAGAUCAUCCUGCCGCGGCCGUGGGCAAGAGAAAGCGACCUCGGAGGAGUGCAGAGGAUGCUAGCCGACGAUCCGAUCACAGUAAGAAAUCGGAAGCUGGAGGCGGUCAGAGAAGGAAGAGUGAAUUCGAACUCGAAAAAUGAGGUGAGCAGAAGGGUUAGGGAAAUGGUCUCCACUUGAAUAAUGAAAACACUUACGGCUCUUCUUCGUUGUUUUUUGCCUUGUGGCCUCUUCUUUACAUGAAGAAGAAGCACACUAAACCCACAAAAAAACCAAAUAAUCUUUGGACCUGGGAGGAGGAGGGAGACAGUGAUACGAGGACAUGGAAUACAGACUCUUUGUCGAGAGGUGGCUGUACCCGAAUCCGCAGUUUGUUUAUCCACUUGACAUCGAAAAAUCGGUUCAAAUUUUGAUGUAUUUAGCGGUAGAAACGGUGGCGGGAGAAGGGGGAAAAUGUGAUCUUUUGAGGCUAACAAUCGACACGUAUUGAGAUGAAUCGGACGGAAGAAAGAGAGUCUAGUGUGCUCCUGACAGAGAGAGAGAGAGAGAGAGAGAGAGAAAAAGAGUAUCAGUUUCGUAUCACGGCCAAAGUUUGUGUCUUACAGACCCUCUCGGCAAUCUGUGCGUACACGAAAUGCACCCCAGCCGGGGACCUUCCCUGUGUCCAAUCGUUCGUUCCUUUCGGCCAUUGCUGUCCAGUUUGCGGAGCCAGAAUCGAACUGAUUGCAUUUCAAAUGGACUACGAGCUGGCAAAACGGAAGAUUGACAAUGUUUUGGAAGAUAUGAAAGUGAAACAGACCGUUCAUGCGACUUUGGAAAGGGCAAAUCUGGAUGUUAUGACUACAAAAUACGAAGUACCGAAAUCAGUUCCCUACCAACAAGAGUUCUUUCAUUCAGGUUUCUCUUGUCACGAUGGCAAACGCAUCUUUCGAUGAAGAUUUCUACGAUCUCGCCUCCAGAAGAAUCGUCACUGACUUGGCUCUUUCGCUGAUCACCCACCAUCAGAAAUCCAUUCUCGAUUUCACCAUUCAUCUCUCGAAAGUCGACAGAACUAUCAGGACAGUGUCCAAGAUUGUUGCGUGCGUCAUUUACUUCACAAUCCUUAUCGUCUUGGUCGGAGCAUAUGCAUACCAAAACUUGGAACUAAGAGUAUCACGGUGAGCGAACCAGAAAAAUUGAUAUUAUGUGUUUGUUAGUUAUAGACGAACCAUGUUUUCACCAGUCAUAAAGUACAAGAGGCAGACUGAUCAAAUUACGAUUGAAUUGGAAGACGUAUCAGAGAUGGAAGUAGAAACUGUUCACGACGACGUCGACGAUCAGAGGAAUGUCAAUCCUAACUUUGAAGAAGAGCCGACUGACGAAGGUCCUGUGACGAUUUUUGGUGCAAAUGCGGAAGAGAUUGAAAUGAUUCCCUGGAAAAAUUUUCCGGAAGCGAAAAAAGAUGAAGAAGAUUUUGAAGUUGAAAAGGAAAUCAACGAUGACAAAAAGUCUGAAGAGGCAGCUGUUCAAUCCGUUGAUUCUCACGUUGAUCUAGUAGAUGUGGAAGAUCAACUGAAUAUCAAUCCAAACUUCGAAAAAUUCUCUUCUCAAUCAAUUAAAGAAGGUGCUGAAGAGGCAAUAUUUGAGGAGCCGAAAGAAGAGACUUCUGAACAAGAACCUGCCGAACAAAAGUGCGAUACAAUCAUCGAAGAACGAGAAGACGUGACUUCUGAAGACGACAAACUAAUUGACCUGUGA